UUUUUUUUUUGGCAUUCCUGCUUAUGCAUAAGAAUCAUGUUGAGCUGCGAUUCCAAAAAACUGGAUGUCUGGGACGGACUGCAUUUGCUUUAUUUAUUUUCUGAGCCGUUGGCCAUGUAUUGUUUGGUGGUGCAUUCACAGUGAGAGGGGAGGGAGGAAGCAUCGGCUGCUUUUUUGUGCAAUGGUCUGUCCUGUCGAGAGCCCUUCCCUGUGCUUUUGUGAGUUACAUCGGUAUACCGCCAUUUACUUGACAGCUGUCAUUUGCGAUCCCACUCAUUUCACACUCUUUCAUGGGACGGACCAAGAAAGACACCCCAAUCUGAAAAGGAUUUAUGCCAGACGGUCUUCUCGCUUGCACAUUGAUAUCGACAUGGAGAACCAGCAAUGGCGACCAAUACUCAUUCCCAAGAAGAUACCAGGACAGUGGGCGUGGAUAUCGUGUGGACAUGCAAUUGGCUCGACUUGGCUUGGAGGCUCUUUUCCGUCUUUUUCACAAGGCUGCGUUUGGAACAAACUCAACCUGGCAGUACCCGUCCCAGCUCAGGGUCAUUGAUCUUGCUGUUUUAUUUUCGGACGGGAAGCUUGCUACUGUAGACCAUCUGAGUGGGGGGUCACUGUGGGUCGCUGAGGGACCGUCUCUUAUUAUUGUGUUUGUUCUUCCGCGCUAAGGAGGAUCCAAGGACAGGAGCAGCACGGAACAAAGGCAAAAAAGAUAUGCACAGUGCCUCUAUUGUACUGGCUGCAGUAUGGUGUCGAUGGCGACUAGUCCAUAUCUGUCCUCGGGAAUCUCUGUCCCCUAAAAAAACAUGAAUCCGCCCUGUCUCCGUUCUGUUUUCUCCUGCUUCCGCGCAGUCUAAAUCAUUGAAGGCGAUCAGGGCAGUAUAGACGAUGCUAAUAAAGUAACAGUUCCCUGUUCUCUUUUGUCUGGC